UGUUUUGUAGGGUUUGCAAGUAGGAGACUGGUAGAUAGAUUAUGGUAGGAGCAAACAAAUGAAAGAACCAAACAAAAGCAUAAUCUCAACCAUGGUCAAAACUUUUAACCCUAGUUAACACAAAAACCGUACUCCUAGUUCGUUUGUUUACACUUUUUUGCAGCAGAGUUCCACAUAACUUUCGUUGGAGUUAGAAACCGCAAAACCUGUUCUUCUCUCUCUCAAAAUUGUUUCAACUUUUUUUCCUUCUCUACCCCUUCAUUUCGAUACAACAAACAAACAAUAACCUUAUUAUUUUUUCUUUCAUGUUUUGAAACAUGUUUCAUAUGUUUUCAACUUUUUCAUUAUUAUUACUUGAACUCACUGUUUACUUAUGAUGUUUUUUUUGACAUUGUUGUUGCUUCAAUCAUGGUUUCUUGGAGGCAAUUUUCUGAACUCAAAAUUGAAUUUUUUUGAGAUCUGAGAUUGGUGGUAUAAUUGAAAAGUGCUUAAUUUGAAGUUUCUGGGUUUUGGUUAAUUUUUAUCGAAAGUUAAGAUUUUUUUGGAUUGUGAUUUUUGGGUUUUGUUUUUAAGAUGAAGAUUGAAGUGGGUUUAGGAGGAAGUAGGUUAUGGAAUGAAGAUGAAAAAGCUAUGGUGAUUGAAGUUUUAGGUGUUAAUGCAUUUGAUUACUUAGUUAAAAAUUCAGUUUCAAAUGAGAAUCUUUUGAUGGCAAUUGGGAAUGGUGAGAAUCUUCAAAACAAGCUUUCUGAUCUUGUUGAAAGAUCCAACCUUUCAAAUUUUAGUUGGAAUUACGCAAUUUUUUGGCAAAUUUCUCAGUCAAAAUUUGGUGAUUGGGUUUUAGGUUGGGGUGAUGGAUGUUGUAGAGAACCAAAAGAAGAAGAAGAAAAAGAAAAUUUUGGAAUGAAAAGUUUUCUUAGUCAUAACGUUGUUGAGAAUGAAAAACAACAAAGAUUAAGGAAAAGGGUGUUGCAGAAGCUUCAUACAACAUUUGGUGGUUCAGAUGAAGACAAUUAUGCUUUUGGAUUGGACCAUGUUACUGAUACAGAGAUGUUCUUUCUUGCUUCAAUGUAUUUUUCUUUUCCUAAUGGACAUGGUGGACCAGGUAAGUGUUUUGCAUCUGGGAAGCAUUUGUGGCUAUGCGAUGCAUUGAAAUCGAAUAGUUCUGAUUAUUGUGUUAGGUCUCAUUUGGCUAAAUCUGUUGGAUUUCAAACUAUUGUUUUAGUUCCUACUGAUUUAGGUGUUGUUGAGUUAGGUUCUGUUAGAAUGGUUGGUGAGAGCUUUGAAUUGUUGCAAACUAUUAAGUCUGUGUUUUCAUCACAAUCGUCGCUUUCUAGGGUUAAUUCGAUUUCAUCUUUGGACGAAACGAGAGAUGAGAAUGCACCUUUUUCUAGUUUGAAAGUUGGGGAGAUUAUUAAGAACAAUAAUAGUUUUGGUAAUCUUCAUGGUCAUCAGAAUAAUAAUCAUGGUAGAGUAGAGGGGAUUGGUGUUCCGAAGAUUUUCGGGCAGGAUUUGAACUCGGUGACAAAUUUUCGGGAGAAACUUGCUAUUAGGAAAAUGGAUGAGAGGCCAUCAUGGGGUGGCAGCCGUCCGAAUGGGAAUGGAAUUAGUUUUCCUAACGGUGUUCAUGGUUCAAGUUGGAGAGGUAGUCAAGUUGUGAAGCAGCAUGUGCCGGCGGAUGUUUUUUCUCCUAGGCCUCCUUCUACGAGCAAUGUGCCCGAGCUAGCUAAUGGUGGUGGGAGGCAUGAUUUCGUGCUUAACAACUUUCAACAACAACGGAAUCAACAAAUGCAAAUUGAUUUCUCAGGAGCCACGUCGAGGCCUUCUGUGAGAUCGAUUGUUGGUGAAUCAGAGCUUUCUGAUGUUGAGGCCUCUUGCAGGGAGGAUAAACCGAGUCCCUCUGAUGACAGGAGGCCGAGGAAGAGGGGAAGAAAGCCGGCAAAUGGAAGAGAAGAACCGCUCAAUCAUGUGGAGGCAGAGAGACAAAGACGCGAGAAGCUAAACCAGCGUUUUUACGCCUUACGAGCUGUUGUGCCGAAUAUUUCCAAGAUGGACAAAGCAUCUUUGUUGGGAGAUGCUAUUUCUUACAUCAACGAGCUUCAAGCAAAACUCAAGCUGAUGGAAUCCGAGAGAGAGCAAUUCGGAAGCACUUCUAAAGAUGGAUCAUCAUCAAUAUUGCCGACAAAUCCUAUCACAGAAAAUCAUCAAAGUAAAGCUCCCGAUGUCGAAAUUCAAGCUGCACAAGAUGGAGUUAUUGUAAAGGUGAGUUGCCCUAUUGAUGUUCAUCCAAUUUCAAAACUCAUCCAAUCAUUCAAUGACGCCGAAAUCAGUAUCCUCGAGUCAAAACUUAAUGCUACAAAUGAUACUGUCUUCCACACAUUCAUAAUUAAGUCCCAAAGUUCCGAGCAGCUAACAAAGGAGAAGUUGAUUGCAGCAUUUUCAAGAGAAUCCAACUCCUUAUAGCCAUAGUUCAUAGUACUCAUGAUACAUAGAGAAGAACAAAAAAAUCUGCAUUUUUUUGAUGAUAUAAAACAAAUGCAGUGUGAUCUAGUGAAGUAGAAUAUAAUAGGCAAUAGCUCCUAUUGACUGUUUAGGAUAGCCAAUGUAUGUUUGUCUAUAGUAUUAUACAUCAUAAGUAUUUUCAUGCAUGAUCCAAAGUUUUGUUUAGUUUUAACCACAAUCUAUAGCAUUCUAUUUCUUCAUUAUGUUGUUUUCUUUCUUGUAUUCUACCAAGUUUUCUGUGCAUAACAGCAAAGUCUUCUUCUUUUAGGGGAAUAUUAUGUGUUCUAGGGUAAUUUCUAAGCUGUAAUACUUUCUUAUGUGGGAUGCUUUAUUCUCCAUCUCAA